UAGUGGGAAAACAAACAAGGACAGAGAAGAGAAAUGCAAAAUAAAAGUCCAAAGUAAGCUCAAGAAAGGAAAAAAAUAGAAAAGCAAAAGUUAGUGGAGACAAGAAAAACAGCUCAGGGCAAAAUAAAGUAUAUUAGUAUGCGCAGUGAAGUAAGUAAGUGUGCGUAGUGAAGUAUCAAAGUGUGAAGAAGUACCAAGGAGGACCUAAGAACUUAAGAAGCGAUACAAGGCGGAACAGCUCAAAAGAAGAGGAAGAGGAAGGAGGAGGUUCGGAUCCCGUGUGUUUGCAGCGGUGGUCGCGGCGCCGCCAGGGUUUGUUUACCUGUGGCCGGAGAUAAACUUGAGGUCCCAUGACGAGAGUGGCGGCCUGUUGAUAGCCCCGCGCCGCCUGUCAUGUGAGCACCACCCGGAACACCAUGUCAAGCGGGGACGAGGGCUGGAGGGAGAGGCUUGGUAUAGACUUUCCCAUAGACUUGUCCGACUCUGACAUCGAUGAGGAGAAGGUCGGCGGCGCGGCCAAGGCGGGCAGACGGAGGAGCUCCGUCCAAAGCUUCAAGGCAAACAGUGAUGAACUGGUCAUCUCGGAAGAAACUGAGAGGGUGGAGAGUUUUGACUCCUUCUCUCAGGAAGAGGAGGAACUGGCUAAAUAUCUAAAGGAGUUUGGUAGAACACCACCAAGGACUGUGCGCCACCGCAGACAGAAGGAGAGGGAUGCAUACUGCUUACAAGCCAAAGAGGCAGCUAAAGCAACCUUGAAGCGGCGAGACACAGCUGAUCGGUUCCUCUCCCUUCCAGGGUUCACAGAUCAUGGCAUCCCUGAAGUUUCUCCUGAGAGGAUGCGGCAGCAAUAUCGGGAACAGAGGCGCUCUAAAGACAGGAAGCGCUCCAGAGAGAGGCAGCGCAAGAAGUCCACCAUUGAAAACUUGGCGAGUGUUCUGAGUUCUCUCACCACCCAGGAGUCUGAUGAGCGCUGUGAGAGCAUGCCGCCCCUCUCCCCAGCAUACAAGGUGGAAUCAAGAAAUCGCUACAUGAGCGUGUCAUGCCGCAAGAUCCAUGAUGAAGAUGACCCAGAUCAGACAGAAAUUCGCAAGCAGUCCACGGCGGAGCUGCCGCAGGACCGUGUUGCUUAUUACAAGCGGCUGCAGGGACAGGUCAAAAUUGGCUCCCAAGACCUCACUUUCACCCACCGUCAAAGUGAGGAGGAAGUCCUGUACCAGCAGGAGCUCUAUGAGAUGUUGUGGCUGGAGUUGCAGGCAUGGCAGGCUGGCCUUGACUCUAACACAUAUGACUUCCUCCUGGUAACACAGAGGACUGAGGUUUCGAAUGUGAUUGAGGAAGUUCUCAACUUUAAAUUUGAUCCAGAUAAGCAGGAAAAGUGCCAGGAUUCUACCAACACAUUCUCAACAAAGAAGAUAAGCACUGUUGAUGAGCUGGUGACUGCUGGUGACCUCAAGAUUGGGGGUGUUCCUGUGGCCAGCUUUGACCUGACAGAUGGAGUGGGCAGCAGCAGGGUGGCAGGAGGAGAUGAUGAAUGUGAGGGAUGUCUGUCCAUCUGGUGUGUGUCCUGCAAAGAUAACCAAACCAAGGCCCUCAUGCAGGUUGCUACUCUGUUGAAGAAAUUGGACUAUGUUGAGUCUCUGUUUCCAUCCACACAGAAGUUGGCUCUCCAUCACCCACAGUGGGAGCAGCAUGACUUCAUUAGCAGGUAUAAGGCCCUGUGUGUGUGGUACAACACAACUGUCCAGCUGAGAAUGAAGGUGGAGGUCCUGGGCAAGCUACUUGGAAACAUGACCAACACCCUUAUUCCAUGGCCCACCUUCACCACCAAUUUUGGAGAUCUCACUGCUACAACCCCUACCUCAAGCUAUGACUCAGGAACACAGAAUCCCCAUCAGUUUGAUGAAAAAAACCAAGAGACAGAGACUCAUGUACCAAAGUCUUCAUCUAUGUCUAAUGUCCGGUUUGUCAUUGACUGUGAUAAGUCUGACGCCAGCUCCAACCCAUCAGACUCCACCAACUCUACUGACUCGGGCCACACCACAGCCAGCACCAAUAGUGGCUUCUUGAUGCCACCCAGCCACCCCUCCAGGCAACCUACCCCCUCAGGAGGACUCCGUCGAUGCCUCAGUGAUAUUUUUAUUGAGGCCAACCCAUACAGAAAGUACGUGGAGAAGCUACUUAGGAACAAAGGGAUGAAGAAGACGUUUGACAAGGUUGCUGAAGUGAUCCGGGAUGUGAUGAACCGAACCAUGUGUGUGCUGGAGGAGCCUCAACAGUUUGGCAAAGUGGACAAACUGAGGAAGUUUCCAGUUGACAGUGAUAUUAUGUCUGUUGCACUCGCUGAGACAUCACAAGAACUGAGUCGGUAUGGCGGGUGGACAUCCAAAUUCAACGAAAUGCAGCUGCCACCUUUUUAUGCACUCUUCAUCUUUCUGGCCUCAGUGUCACUCCAGAUGAUGAGAGAGUGUCUCAAGCUGCGACUGGAGCAAAUGCCAGAAAAGCCAUCCAGACUGAGCAUCAGGGAGCUCAUGAGAGAGUACAAGGAAGGAGUGAAGUUUGCUGUGUUGGUUCGACAGAAAUACUUACGGGUAUGUCAAGCUCUCUUCACUCACCUCACACCCAAGCUGAGGGAGAACCUUGAGGUGAGGCAAAACCAGGCCAUUGAAGAGCUGGAUGCCAAUAUUAAGAGGAUGCUGGAGGUUUAUCUGGAAUGGCUGGACCAGUUCGUCUGCAUGUUGCACCGGGAGCCUCACGCAUCGGGCUUGCAGCGCAACUUUCUGCAGGAAGAGUGGCGCUUCGUCCAGGCCACGUGUCCUCACGUCACAGAGGGGGACAGUUUGGCAGCCACACGCUUCUGUAACAUUGCGUGCCACAUGCUGUGUAGUGUUGGUGACUUUAUUGACACUGGGAUAGAUGACCAGAUGGCAGCCAUGCAGGACUCUACCCUCGAGAACCUGGAUGAGCUUGAGGAGGACGAGGAUUUGGAGCAGGAUGAGAUUCAGAAAAAGCGUUUACGUCAGCGCUGCCGAGCGUUGCAGGUGCUCUUGGCUGAGACCCGGGAGCGGUCACUGCGUGCUGCCGGGCUUGCUAAGAUGCUGCGGAAGGAUUUAGAAGUGGCAGCAGAGUUCAGCUUGUGUGAAGGGCCGGAAGUAGUGCUAGCACGGCUGCAGCAAACUGGGCAUAUCAGGGUGCUGGCACCUCACAGCCAUAACCACUUUAUCUUUGUGCCAGGACGCAUAAAAGACAAGCGCGAGUACAUCUGGCACCUGCUGGACAUGCGUGUGGGGGGGAUGGACCAUGAGGACGGGGAGCGAGGAGGUUACUUGGUGUUGAUGCGCUGCGAUAACAGGGCCUCCUCCUUCCUCUGGACUGGAAAUGUCAUUGAGAUAGAACCCACAGCUGACUGCACCAUCACCCUCUCCAGAGUUGUGGUUACAAGUCUCUUGUUGGUUGUGCCUUGUGGCACAAUGCUCGUCCCCCUUCGCAGGGAAUUUCAACAAUGCAUUGGCAGCACAGUGUCCUUAGUGCGUGACCAGACAGCCCCCAACAAAGCUGUCACCCAUUCCAUUGAUGAGCUUAAGAAAGAGGCGCUUGGGCUAUGCGACAACUUGGUGAAGAAUGUGAAGCAGGUGGAGAGCCUGACAGACCUUGAGGUGGUGACACCAGAUGUGGAGGACAGUGAGCGCCACCACCUGCACCUGGUGACUCGUGAUGUGGUGCACCAGUACUUCAUGUUUGGCUUUGAGUACCACAAGGAAGUGACACGGCUGGUGACAGGGCAACACCGGGCCGAGGUUGCUCCGAUGCUGGUCAAUCUGGCUCGCAUGUGGAUGAAGUUUGUGCAAACCCAUUACUCACAUGGGAAGGGCAGCCGACCCAGGUGGGCUAAUGCUGGCCUGGAGUUCAUUGUGUUUGUCUGUAACCCUCACAACACCCGCUACUUGACUGAGCAGGACUUUCAGCAACUUGUGAAGGAAAUUGAAUGCUGUCGAGAAUUCAUUAUUGGCACAGCACCAGAAGCCAAGCAGCCUGGAACUCCUCUGACUCCAGUUCUACCAAGACAUUUCAGGUCAUCGUCAUCCUCAUCAGCCAUUCACCAGCCCCCAGAAAGGUCCUUCUCCACACAGUCUUCCUCCUCCCAGGGUGACAACUCCCCAGUGGUUAAUAUGACAGACAGCCCAAUGCUCAGGCGACGAAUGCUGCGGAAGAGCGCGCCAAGUAUGGAGAAAAGUCCGGAUGUUCCAGACUCGUGUGCUCCGUUGGCCACAGAGAAGCCACUGGAGAGGGUGCGGAGGAAGAUCUUCAAGAUGGAUGCCAGCAUUGAAGAACACUUGCGUGAGGAGAGGGUCAUCGGCCACGUCUCCAACGUUCAUAGGGAUAAGAUUCACUUCAAGCCACGCACUGUCAACUUCUCCUGGCAGCGGGGGCUCAAGAUAGGUGCAGGAAGAUUUGGCAAGGUGUACACAGCAGUGAACAACAACUCAGGUGAGCUGAUGGCCAUGAAGGUGCUGCCUCUGCAACCCAACGACCACCGCUCCAUCCGCCGGGUGGCCGAUGAGUUCCACAUUUUUGAAGGCAUCAGUCAUCCUCACCUGGUCAAGUGUUAUGGUGUUGAAAUACACAAUGAUGAGAUGCUUAUGUUCAUGGAGUACUGCGAUGAAGGUACACUGGAGAGCCUGGCCACCAGCACUGAGACGGGACUGCCUGAGGAGCUGGUGAGAAAGUACACACGGCAGCUCCUCGAGGCCGUACACACACUGCAUGAACAUGGCAUCGUGCACAGGGACAUCAAGGGGGCCAACAUUUUCUUGACGGAGGAGGGGAAUAUCCUUAAGCUGGGAGACUUUGGAUGUGCAGUGAGGCUGCGUGGACAUCAGACAGAAGUUGGGGAGCUGGCUGGCAUUGUAGGGACCCACGCUUACAUGGCUCCAGAGAUCUUCCAGUCAAGUGAGGGCCACGGAAGGGCAGCUGAUGUGUGGUCUGUGGGCUGUGUUGUGAUUGAGAUGGCCACGGGCAAGCGUCCUUGGCCUGAAUAUGACAGCAGUGUACAGAUAAUGUUCCGAGUGGGCAUGGGACAAUCUCCAACCAUCCCCAAGCAGCUGUCUGAGGAGGGACAUGAGUUCCUGGCGAGCUGCUUCAUCCACGACCCCAAGAGCCGGGCCACCACUGCACAGCUGCUUGACCACACAUUUGUCAAGGUUGACACUGGAGAAGAGUGCCCAUCCCUGCCUCUCUUCUCCCACCCGCCUUUUGUGCCUUACAUGAAGCUUCUGUCAAAUGCAUGAGGAAGCACCUUGCUAGAGUAAAAGUGGGUAAGUCAGUCAACAAGGUAGCUAUCAUGGGUAGCAGCUGCGUACACGGAGAUAUAUUUUUUAUAUAGAGAGAAAGGAACUGGUUUCAGGAGGCCAGCUUUUUAAUAUUCAUAGUUUUUAUGAUUUUAUUUCAAAAGAAUUGAAGCUAAAUUAAAAUAUAAGUUAAUGUGAAUGUACGACAUGUAACAGUGCAAAGAAAUAGUGUGUAAGGAAUGGAGCUGUUACCUAUAGAGGCAUCUGAUCAUGCUUGAGUGUGUGUGUGUGUGUGUGUGUGUGUGUGUGUUUAAGAGAGAAUGUCGCAUUUUUGUUUAUUGUAUAAUUUAAUUUAUUUAAUAUAUUAUAUUUUAUACAUAAUUGCAAACAAAAUGUAAGAGCAUGGUAUAAAAGACAUUUAUUUAUCUCAAACUACAAUUACCUUAUGCUUAUUUUUGGAAGUUGAUGUUCAUUAUUUUAAAAUUCAACCGCUUAAACAAUGGCCAUCAUUUAUUUAAUCACACCUGGUGCGGUCCCCACGACAACUAUCGUUUAUUUAAUCAGACUCUUGCACGCCACCAAAUUGAAUGUUUAGCUCAAAUUUAGCAGGUUGUGUGACUUGCCAAGCUGUCUGCCAGCAUAUCUAACCUUCAUGAAUUUGAAAUGAGAUCAUUAGUCCUCACUGAGCAGCCCUGGAACCCACAUCCAGCACCUCUCGAGAAAACACAGGGAAACACAGUGACACAUCAGGAGGAAAGGACGGAUAGAAGUGAAGAUUAUUCUGGGUGCAAUGAUAACAGUGAUGAAUACAUUGUGAGUAGUGACAGCAAUAGUGAGAGUGACUUAAGGAGUGAUGAUGUUACUUCACUAUCUGUACUGCACUCUAGCCCAGCAAGUGCUUCCAUGACAACAGUGCAGGGUAAGAAGGCUACGCGGAAGGCGUGUGUUGCCCAAACUGAAAUACCCAGCUCUGAGGAGGACUAAAUAAGUGAGCAAAGUAGAUGUUGUCUAAAUUAUUUCAGUGUAAAGAACAAUUCAUAUUAUUGACAUUCAGUUAUGAGAGGAAAUGUAAAGCAUGCCACUGCUGUGGCCAGCCUGUGCUAACAUGUUGUGUGUCCUUGGCAGAGGCCCACCCCAAGCUUCCUGGAGCAGUGUUUUAUGUCAGCAGCUCACACCCUGGCUACAUUUCACACCUGCUAGCAUGACUAUUACACAAAGUAUUGCAAUUUGGAUUUCACCCGUGUUCAGUGAGUUAAGACGCUUCAUACAGUGUGAAUAAACAAAAAAAAAUUGCAGCUGUUUUUACCCAUAUCUAAGGACCAUUAGAUGAAAACAAACCCGUCAUUUAAGGGUUAAUCAACAAGCCUCUUUCACAAUCGGGACUACAUGAUGGAUCAGUGCUUCCCGGAGGAGGUUGCAAGGGUCAGUCCUUUGGAUCAGGGUGGUGUGUGAGAAGCAGUCAGCCCUGUGGCAGAGGCUCCCAGUUGAUUUACAUAAAUAUUCAGACCACACAGACCCAAUGCUCCAGACCAUGGUCCAUCCUUAAACUUAAGUGACACUACAUCAAAUGGCUGUCAAAACUUUGCAUCUCUGCUUAAGGUCGGAAUUCGGUGUGCGGACCAUGAAUAUUGAUUUUUUUGUCCUCCUAAAAGCACUUUUCCAACUAUACCAAUCAUUUUUUAUUGCAAUUGCAUACGUAUGUGAUGUACCUCUGGUGUUAUUUUGAUAAAGAUAGCAGCAGUAGUUUCUCCGCAAAAAUAAAAAAAGCAUUAAAAUUUAUAAUACCGUAUCUAAAAUAUGUGGACUAAUUUUUCAUCACAUUGCAAAGUAGGCCUACUGAUUUUAAUUUUUCGUGAAAAAAUUGCAAUUAACCCUUUCAUUGCUAAACGCUCACAGCUAGCAGUAGCGCAUUUGCUGAACAUCUUCCUUACACCAUAAACAAGUGCCGAAUGGAAAUAUCAACUAACCUAGUCCAUUGGCCAUUCCUUGGUAGUCAGUAGAAGAGGGUCUGGUCACAUCAAGUCAAAUUCAGGUCACUUCAGGUCAUGUUCAGGUCACCUAUGUAGCACUGUGAGAGAGCGUUCUUGAUAAUCAAGGCUCCUGGUCCCUUGUUAUUUAUAUAUGAGUACAUAACAACAUAUAUAUAUAUAUAUAUAUAUAUAUAUAUAUAUAUAUAUAUAUAUAUAUAUAUAUAUAUAUAUAUAUAUAUAUAUAUAUAUAUAUAUAUAUAUAUAUCAUAUAUAUCAUAUAUAAAUAACUUAUUAUCAGGAUAUCAGUGGCACCCACCCAAGUUCAUUGUUGCCAUUAAUAAAUCAUUCAGAAACCACCAGGCUGGUAGUCACAGACAGAUGUUGUAUGUUUCCUCUUUCCCAGUAUGUUUGGGUGGUGUUGUCUUCCUAUUGUCAUUUCUCCUCCUAGACACCACACUUUCUGAGGUUGAGGCAGGACCGUGAGGCGGUGUGCUGGGGGUGGGAGCGGAGCGGCUGGGAGCCACGUGCAAGGUCUUUAAAUAACCAGCCACUUAAAUACUCAACGCCGUGCGAAAACGUGAUCGUACGGCUGCCACCAUGGCCUAUUGGCUGCGUCCAAACCCAAAGAAAUUAAUGACAUUUAAAAAAAAGUCAACAUUUUUCAACCGAAUAGCCGAAUACCGCCCUUAAGCAAAUACCAAAGUGGAAGAAGUGGCAGUUUCAUGGGGAUGAAUAACCUGGUAACUGAUUAUGUGUUCAUGUAGGACACCAUAUUAACUAUAAACUUGUGUAUGUAGGUGACAUGUCGGCUCCAUUUUUUUUAUAAAAAAAGAAAAGAUGUGCCAGAUGCUAAAGAGGAUGAGUUCAUCAGUGUUGGUCAUAAAAUGUCAGUGAUGUUGACUCCUGCUUUGAAUGACACUAAGUACAAGGGUGAUUGCAUAUGAAAGAUAAAUGUGUGUGUGUGUGUGUGUGUGUGCACAUGCAUGUGUGGGUCCUUGUGUGUGUUUGUUUGUCUGUGUGUGUUUGUGUGCAUGCAUCCCUGUAUGAGAGCAAUACAUUUGUGCUUCCAUGAAGUCAUGUGUGCAUUUUGGUCAAAUGAUAAAACUUACCAUAGCUAACUAGUUUGUAUCUCUUGGAAAAUGGGAAUUUAUAUCAUAGCUAAAUUAUUUGACUCAGCAAGACAGAAAAAUGCUCCUGUAUGUGUUUAGUAGAGGAACAGAAACUACUACUUCAGUGUUCAAAAAGUUCAUUUUCUUGGUCAAGAGUUUAGCCCAAUGAGUCCAUCUAAUAAUUAUCACAUUCUGUUGAGAACGGUAGUGUAAUGUUUACUAAUAUUGUGUUAAGUAAUGCUAGAGGAGUGAGAUUAUAUUAUGGGCCUGAUACUUCAGUACCACAGACAGCAUAUAUGGGUGAAUGGGUGAGGUUGGCCAGAUCCUGCUGCCAGAAUAGCUAAUAUCUAAGUUUACUUACAGCAGUGAUACUUAAUGUUUUAACUCUGCCUGUACCAUUUCAAACUGCCAUUCAAUUCUUGCAUCCCAUCCCUCCAAAGUCUUCACCAUCUUCAAACCAUCAUCCAAUUUUUGCAUCUUGAAGUCAACACCCUGUGGUAACUGCCAUCCAGUUUUCAUCCCUUACUUUGGAAUUGAAGAAAAUAAUAUUGUUGUUACUUCUAUUGAUGACAACCAUAGCAGUUUUAGUCCUAUAUUGAUAUAAUUAACAUGAAUGACACAGUAAAAACCCAGAUGACAUUUAUCAGGAAAGAUUUGCAUUGACACAUGCUUAUACUCUGCAUGGUGUGUUGCAAAUGACUAUGGUAUCAAUGCAUAUUAAAAAACAUUGCAUUAUAUUUGUAUGUCUAUAGAGCAAGCAAAAAAUAUAACUUAUUACAUUUAAAUUUGGUAAUAAUUAUGUGUAUAUAUAUAUAUAUAUAUAUAUAUAUAUAUAUAUAUAUAUA